CAGCCCCGAUCCUUGCUACGUUUGCGUCGCUCUGCCAGGAGCAGUCGCCUCCUCCUUGGCAAAUAGUCCUCGGCAGGGUCCGAGUUCUUGGAUAAUCCGAGAGAAAAGGCACGAUAAGUUGCAGUACGAGGACACGGAAACGACCAGGAGAGGAGGCCAGGGAGCGAAGUUUCCGCAAUAGUGUGUGAAGUUAGUUAAAAACUCCCUCCUUCCUCAGGAUCCCUCCGCCUGCGGUAGCGGUGGUGAGGCGGAGGGAGCCGCCAUUUUGGAUGUUCGGUUCCUGCUGCCACUGCUGCCGCCGCCCCCGGAGCUGCUGGUUUCAUUCGAGGUUUCGGGCCGGUGAGUGUCACUCCCGGCGCUGAGAGCAUACUGCUGCUUUUGCCCCGCCGCUGCCGCGGGCGCUCGACCGGAAGCUUCCUGUCAGUUUCAGGGGUCCAGUCCCAGGCUGUGGGUGUUGAGAAGAGAAAACAGAGAAGCUGGGCCAGGAGGGGCCGGGAGCCCCAGGGGCUGCUCCGACUUCUGGAGGGCCGACCCCGAGGCCUCGGACCGGGAGGUUCCGCGCGCAGCGGCGUUCCGUGUUGUGGCGUUGCCCCGCCGAGGAUGCCAGCCCCCAUCAGAUUGCGGGAGCUGAUCCGGACCAUCCGGACAGCCCGAACCCAAGCUGAAGAACGAGAAAUGAUCCAGAAAGAAUGUGCUGCAAUCCGGUCAUCUUUUAGAGAAGAAGACAAUACAUACCGAUGUCGGAAUGUGGCAAAAUUACUGUAUAUGCACAUGCUGGGCUACCCUGCUCACUUUGGACAGUUGGAGUGCCUCAAGCUUAUUGCCUCUCAAAAAUUUACAGACAAACGCAUUGGCUAUUUAGGGGCAAUGCUGCUGUUAGAUGAAAGACAAGAUGUCCAUCUUCUCAUGACCAACUGUAUCAAGAAUGAUCUUAAUCAUAGCACGCAAUUCGUACAGGGGUUAGCACUUUGUACCCUCGGCUGCAUGGGCUCCUCAGAGAUGUGCAGAGAUCUUGCAGGAGAGGUAGAGAAGCUCCUGAAAACCUCCAACUCUUACUUAAGAAAAAAGGCAGCACUGUGUGCUGUUCAUGUCAUCAGGAAAGUUCCUGAACUUAUGGAGAUGUUUUUACCAGCAACAAAAAAUUUAUUGAAUGAGAAGAACCAUGGUGUCCUCCACACAUCUGUAGUCCUCCUCACAGAAAUGUGUGAGCGAAGCCCAGACAUGCUUGCGCAUUUCAGAAAGCUUGUGCCCCAAUUAGUUCGUAUUUUAAAGAACCUCAUCAUGUCCGGAUAUUCACCAGAACAUGAUGUUUCUGGUAUCAGUGACCCCUUUUUGCAGGUACGAAUUUUGCGGUUAUUAAGAAUUUUAGGACGAAAUGAUGAUGAUUCAAGUGAAGCUAUGAAUGAUAUAUUAGCACAGGUUGCCACUAAUACUGAGACUAGUAAAAAUGUAGGAAAUGCUAUUCUUUAUGAAACGGUUUUGACUAUCAUGGAUAUUAAGUCAGAGAGUGGAUUGCGAGUCCUAGCCAUAAAUAUCCUGGGUCGUUUCUUAUUGAACAAUGACAAGAAUAUUAGAUAUGUGGCUCUGACAUCUUUGUUGAAGACUGUACAGACAGAUCAUAAUGCAGUACAGAGGCACAGAAGCACAAUUGUGGACUGUCUUAAAGAUUUGGAUGUCUCAAUAAAACGGCGUGCAAUGGAAUUGAGUUUUGCCCUGGUAAAUGGGAAUAAUAUCCGAGGCAUGAUGAAAGAAUUACUUUAUUUUCUGGAUUCGUGUGAGCCAGAAUUUAAAGCAGACUGUGCAUCUGGAAUCUUUCUUGCUGCAGAAAAGUAUGCACCUUCCAAGCGAUGGCAUAUAGACACAAUUAUGCGUGUUUUGACAACGGCAGGAAGUUAUGUUCGUGAUGAUGCAGUCCCCAAUUUAAUCCAGUUAAUAACUAAUAGUGUGGAGAUGCAUGCCUAUACUGUCCAGCGCCUGUACAAAGCAAUUCUUGGUGAUUAUUCUCAACAACCUUUGGUACAAGUGGCUGCAUGGUGUAUAGGUGAAUAUGGUGAUCUUCUUGUAUCUGGCCAGUGUGAAGAGGAAGAGCCUAUUCAGGUAACAGAGGAUGAAGUGUUGGAUAUUUUAGAAAGUGUCCUAAUCUCUAAUAUGUCCACCUCUGUGACACGAGGUUAUGCCCUCACUGCCAUUAUGAAGCUUUCCACUCGAUUCACUUGUACUGUAAACCGAAUUAAGAAAGUGGUUUCCAUCUAUGGAAGCAGCAUUGAUGUGGAACUCCAGCAGAGGGCAGUAGAAUAUAAUGCACUUUUCAAGAAAUAUGACCACAUGAGGUCUGCCCUACUUGAGAGAAUGCCUGUCAUGGAAAAAGUGACCACAAAUGGCCCUACUGAGAUUGUGCAGACAAAUGGAGAGACAGAACCAGCUCCACUAGAGACCAAACCGCCACCCUCUGGGCCACAGCCCACCAGCCAGGCCAAUGAUUUAUUGGAUUUGUUGGGAGGAAAUGACAUAACACCUGUUAUUCCAACUGCACCUACAAGCAAACCAUCUUCUGCUGGUGGAGAACUUCUUGAUUUGCUGGGAGACAUCAACCUUACAGGUGCUCCAGCUGCUGCUCCUGCCCCUGCCUCAGUCCCACAGAUAUCCCAGCCCCCCUUCUUGUUGGAUGGGCUUUCAUCACAGCCUCUCUUCAAUGAUAUUGCUGCAGGCAUCCCCUCCAUCACAGCAUACAGUAAGAAUGGCUUGAAGAUAGAAUUCACCUUUGAACGGUCAAAUACCAACCCCAGUGUAACAGUGAUAACGAUACAGGCCUCCAACAGCACAGAGCUAGAUAUGACGGACUUUGUUUUCCAAGCUGCAGUACCAAAGACAUUCCAGCUGCAGCUCUUGUCUCCUAGCAGCAGCAUUGUCCCAGCAUUUAACACGGGGACCAUCACACAAGUCAUUAAAGUUCUGAACCCUCAGAAGCAACAGCUGCGAAUGCGGAUCAAGCUUACAUAUAAUCACAAGGGCUCAGCAAUGCAAGAUCUAGCAGAGGUGAACAACUUUCCCCCUCAGUCCUGGCAAUGAGGGUUUGGCACCAUUCUCAUUCUUUAUCCCACUCAAUCAAAGGAACUCUGGGAAGGAGGUUGUGAUUGCUGGCAAGUCCCCCCCAACUGUACCACGGGCAUGAGGAGCUGAAGAGAACUGCUGAGGAGCAUUUUCCUAAAGUUACUGCUGACCUUGAAGCAUUGUUAAAGACUAAUGUCCUCUCCUUCACUGUUGAGGCUGGCUGCUUCUGGAGGCUACUUUGCACUCUUCCUCUUCUUCUCCUUUUUCCGUACUUCUCCAUCCCUCCCACAUUUACAGCCAGAAUCAACAUUCCCUGGGCCCCUGAGGAAAUAAGCAGCUGGUCUGGAGGAGAGGACUGCAAUCCAUGGCGAAAAAACACUCACUUUGUCUCUGCAGCAAAGAGUUGCCCCUUCUUUCUACUGUUGUUUCUCUGUGGACUGGGCAAGGUGGGGUAUUUAUUCCUCACUAGCUGGGUUACCAUCUUCAGGCACUUUUAACAUCUGGCAUUCGGAAUGGAAAUGUAAUAAUGGACAUUAGGGAGCCCUGCCUUUUUCUACUGGUUCCCCCAAUGUUUGAAAGAGGCAUUAGGCUCCUGGUAGCCUUUUCUGUGCAUUGCUGUAUACACACAGACACACACAUGUAUGUUUGUUACCAAGAACUGGUCAGACCUUGCGAGUUUAUUUGUAAACACUGGACAGAUGGAGUUAAAAAGAGCUUUUGUUGAGAUUUGGCAUGAAGGAUAUGGUGCUCUAUUUGUAAUAGAAACUUCCAAGGCUCUUCCAGCUCCCCUUUCUCGCCAUUCUUUAGCUGUGGUCAUGAAUAGUCUCCAUGAUUUUCAAAAUUGAUUCCCUUUAAAGUGCAAAAUGGUCACCUUCUAAAAGAUAUAUUCAUAGUUAUUAAUGACCCUAUUCCCACCACAAAUUUUAAAGUGCUCCUAAGCCCAUAACUUGCCUGUUUGAACUAUGGUAAUGGGUGGAAGAGGAGUUCACCAGUUUUAAAGAUCAGACUCUGUAUCAAAAGUACCUUUGCCCUUAGGAAGAGUGAGUAUUGGAGUCAUCUUAUCUAUUACUCCAAACCUCCCUUUUUAUUUCUUGAGCCUGGCUUGGACCUUGGCAUUCUGUUUGAAUUCCUUCUAACUGGAACAUUUGUGUUGUAUCUGUAACACUGGCACUGAAAUAAAGACCACACGGUUAAAGAAA